UGGUUUGUCAGAGCAGCGAAUGUUAUGUAGGGAAGGAGACGGAUGUUUAUUCAUUUUGCAGCAGAGCAGCAGCAACAAGAUGAAUCGAUUUUUGUGGAGACAAGAAAUUCCUGCUGAGGAGCCUGAGUCUAAAACUCUGGAUGAACCAUGGAGGGAACUACGCUGGGGAGAAAAACAGAAGAACCUUAAAUAUGUGCAGGAAUACAAACCUGAAAAAGACGACAUCAAGUACCUUCGUGUCCUGCUGUAUGGACCAGUUGGAUCUGGAAAGUCCAGUUUUAUCAACUCUGUCAGUAACGUUAUYCGAGGUCGGAUGACGAUUCCUGCUUUGGCCAGCGCGAUGACRUCUGACCAAAGCUUCACCAAAAAGUACGAGACUCAUAAGUUCAUUAAAGGACGAGGAAGCUCAAARACAUUUUAUCCUGUGGUCUUCAACGACAUCAUGGGUCUGGAAGAUGGRACCGACAGGGGAGUUCAUGAAGACGACAUCAAGCUGGCUUUGAGAGGACAUGUGAAGGAAGGCCACAAGUUCAACCCAGUUGCUCUUCUAUCUCAUGAUGACCCAGGCUACAACCCGACUCCCUCUGCUGAUGAYAAAGUUCAUGUCCUGGUCUGUGUGAUGUCAGCCAACACUCCACAGAUGAACUCAUCAAUUCUGGAKAAGAUGAAGAGCRUCAGAGAAACAGCCAGUGACCUGGGUGAGUUUACRSAGAAUGAUCUUAUUACAGACUAG